AUGGACCAAAGUAAUGAAAAUAGUCGUGCUCAAAUAUCUGGUGCUUUGAUGCCUGCCAACGAUCGUGUAACGCCAGGGGUUGGUCUUCCACGCGUGAGGAAUUUACAGGGUCUUCUAAGAUUUGCAAUGGAAGCAACAAGAGCUGAAGAUGCACCAGGUGAAUCACAGUUUGGACCAAUGGACGAAGAGAGACGGAAAUUUCUUGAACAGGCUCUCAAAAGUAUUACCGUGAACAUAGCUGAAGUUUUACAAAAUGCCAUUAGAGUCCUCACAGAUGUGGAGAAAAUGAAGAGUAUCCAACUCGGUGAAGAACUGCCUGAGGAUGUGGUUACUGCAUUUGAAAAUAUAUUGUCAUAUAUUGACGAUUUGGAUGUCGCCAAUGAUUUUUACAAAGUGGGUGGUUUUGCCAUAUUCCCUGUCUGUUAUGGAAGUGAGAAUGAAGAAGUUAGAGGCAGAGCGAGCAGGGUCCUCGCAGAAUUGUGCCAGAAUAAUCCAUUCUGUCAAGCCCGAGCACUAGAAUGUGGCCUACUCAACAUUAUUCUUCAUAUGCUCACAACAGAGCAGGGUCCAGCACUGGCCAAGUGUGUGUCUGCUAUAUCAAGUGCCACCAGAGAGUUCGAGCCCGCCUGCCGAGAAGUGGUCGUUCAGGGCGGGUGCGAAGCUCUGUCGCGGGUUCUGUCCAGCUCGGAUGACGUUUCCGCUAAAACCCGAACUGCUUUUCUAAUGACGUAUCUUUGCCAUCACUAUCCGCCGGCGAAAGAAAAGUUCAUCGAACUCGACAUCGUAAAGGUGAUCGGCGAACAGCUGAGUAAAGGCAGAGACGAGGUAACGGAACACCUCCUGAGCAUACUCUUAGCGCUCGUCGAAGACCCGAGAGUAGUUAACCAGUGCCAGAACUCAUGUCGCGAUCUCCAAAGCGCUAUAGAGACGAUCCUCAGAACGCCCGAGUUGGAAUCCUUCCAAGAAGAGAAACAAUACUGCCUAGCCAUGUUGAAGGUACUAGAAAAUUGCCCUCGAGCAGAGGGAACGCAAAGCGAAGCCGACAGAUAA